AUGGCGUCCACGACGGUCAAACCGCCCUCAUCGAAAAACUCAACAGGUGAUAACAACUACGCCUUUGGCAUGCAGACAGUCUACCCCAUGAAGAUGACAGGAGCCGGGAUCAUCAUCACCACGGCUGUCUUAGUCUUUAUAGUCUGCCUCAUCAUCAUCUUAAAGAUCAUCCACCUCUUAUGGACGCCCGGUGGGAAGACACCAAGACGCAGGAAAAAGUCAGCCGACUCCGGGGUCCCGUGGCUGAAGAGGAUGAGCAUGAAGUUGACUAGGAGGAACAAGUCGCCCACGGAUGGAGACCACGACGCCACCGACCGCACCGUUUCCAUGACGCUGUCGGAAAAAGAGGCGGAAUCCCGUUCGGACACGCCAACCGUCACGGCGAACACCAAGCGGAAGCAGUCCAACUGGUCUGUCGUGUCACACAUCGGGAAGGUAACGUUCGGGAAGAAGAGAAACAAGUCGUCCAAGAAGGAAAAGGGCGACAAAAAGGCGUCAAUCAAAGACAAACAGGAGAGAAAGGGGUCGAAGAAGGACAAGGGGGACGCUAAUAAAGAUUCAGACAAAGGAAAUGUGGAUAGGAAGGAGUCGGUGAAGGAGAAGAGAAGGGAAUCAAAGAAAGAGAAAAGUGAGAGGAAGCUGUCAAAGAAAAAGUCGACGAAAGACCGAAUGAUGCUGAAAGCCCUGCCGUUGUUCAGCCUGUCGCAAGUGUACGUAGUGAACAUCCAGGGCUGGGUCAUCCUACUGUCCGUGCUGCUCGGACUGGCCAUCGUCGGCUGUCUGAUCCUAGUCAUCGUCUUUAUCGUACAGGACUUCACAGGCUCGAAGACGGAAGACGAUGAUGACACAUCCAGCUCAGGCUCGUCUUCAGACUCUGAUUCUUCAUCCUCCUCCUCCUCCUCCUCUUCAUCAUCAUCUUCAUCUUCGUCGUCUUCGAGUAGCUCGAGUGUAGAGAUGGACCAGAAGGAGUGGCGCAGGUUCAGCAGGAAACAGACACAGAAACAUCUGGAGGCGCAGAUGCAGCUGGCGAGGAUGAACUCCCUCAGACGGAUGCACGCGCAAGCUCUGGUCCUGGACGAUUCGGACUAG